AUGUGGUUUACAUCGCUUGCCCGUUCCCGCUGCGGUGGACCCACGUGGCGGCUGUUUUCUGCCACUCCGAUUGUUUCGGGUUGCGUGGGUGAGUUUCAUUCAAUCGCGCUAUACGCCCCAGUUCGCAACGAGUUUAAGACAUCUCCAGACUGCGCCGCUAGUGGUUUUAAGGCGCAUUCGUCAAGUGCGGGCUCAUCCUCCUCCUCCUCCUCCUCCUCACGCUUCACUUCUGCAGCAGAGGAAGAGAAGAUGUCCACUCCGUCGAGCGGUGCAAAGGUACGUGCACUUCAGCUGCAUAACCUGCCACGAUCGUGGAUGUAUGAAGAAAUUGUAGAAUUUCUUCACCAAGUUGCUGAGCACGCGGGUAUUGAACAGCCGUCUUAUCACUCCACGGCGUCGUGUAACAGCGAUGGAAAUGAGGAAAGUGACUCGGCAGUGCCCCACGUGACAUCCCCUUUCGUGGCCAGGUUACACAUACCGUUCGGACGGCGAACGGGGAUCGUUUAUGGGACACCUAUUAUUCUUAUAACGUCUGAUUCUCUUGCGGAUUAUCUCUUGCGUGAUCUCACCUUCGACCCUGAUGACUAUAGGAGUCGCAUUUACUUCACAGAAACUAAAGCCGACAGGUGGUAUAACGGUGUGGGUGGUUUGUCUGCUGUGAGUGAGGAGGCUGCGGUGGUGGCUGAGCAACAACAGGCACUUUCGACGUUGGAGCUUGAUCGUUAUCUCUUGGCUCCUGACCUUUUGUACGAUAUGGCAAAGAUGCGGCAGCGGCGCCUCGUCACACGGCGGUCGAAAUUGCUGCUGCAUACGUUUGCGGAUGAUGAGAGUGACAUGAAGGAUACUCACGAUGUUGAGGGUUGUGACGCUUCUGCUGGGGGAAAUGCCGUAUUUGGCGAGCGAACUGAAGAGCAGAAUGAGGAGGAGGAGGAGGAUAGGACGAGGAAAGGGGGAGGGAAAGCGCCAACCCUCAAAUGUGCCGGGGAAUACAAAGAUUUGGGUCGCGGAUCGAUGCAUAGCGUUCCUCUUCCAGCACCGUAUGUUCGUGGUCGGCGUGGUGCAUAA